AUGAGUUACUCCCAAGACUACCUCCGGUAUGGACUGUGCACCACGGACGAAGACCACCGUCUCCACGGAAAGAGGUGGUGCUCCCGGCCAGCCAGAGACCGCGCAGUGAUAGAUGCCCGUGUCCAGGCUCACGAGAAGCAAUCGAGCAAAGCUGUACCGGCCUCGUACCUGUCUGCGGCCGCUGAGAACCGGAACAUCGUCAUUGUCAACUCGUUCACCGUCACGGGCUUGGAUAACGGCCAGAAGGACGCUAUUGCCCAGGAAUACAACACUGAGGAGGACGCGAACAUGCUUUACGACCCCACCCCAGCUCUCCGACAUACUGCAGAGCUCGAGGCCGCCGAAGCCCUCUUGUUACUUCGAUACCCACCUGGACAACGAGGGGUCCCGCUCAACAAACUCCGUGAGUUCGUUAUGGGAGAUUCCUCGUGCCAGCAACUGACGCCCUCUACACCAUUUCCAGUCUUCCAGCACCCCGGAGGCGUUCCUUUGAACAUAUUGGGCUCACCAUUCCAACCUCCAAUGGGUCACAACAGCCCAGUCUCCCCUUUCCAAUUUCCAGUGGGUAACAACAACGCACAAGUUCUCCCUCGUCCUCGCCCUCGCCUUAGCCAUGUCCCAACAGGCUACGAAGGACCCACGUUCCAGCAGUUCAUGUCUACUACCCGUGAUGCUCAACCGCCGGCAGCGCCUGGUAGAGUCUCGCCAUCCCACCGCAUGCCCGCCUAUGAAGGCCCAACCUACCCACCACCUGUGCCCUUACCUCAGCUCGCGCUCAUCACUCGGCAACCCCUUACUCUUAUCAAUCCGCUUACAGCGGUGCCUGCUCCUAACAUUCCACCUCCGCCUGCCCCCGUGUCAACACACGCCCGUCCCUCCACCGCCACCACGCCCACCGCCCCGCUGCUGCCGCACGCCUGCCCCUCCUGCGGUAAGGCCUACGCAGAGCGGAAGAGCUUGUCCUACCACAUGCACCGGGCGAAGAGCCGGUGCACGGAUCCGCCGGGUUUGAGCGAGCGGGUGAAGGAAGAGCGGUUCAAGCCGUUCAAGUGUGAGGGGUGUGUGGAGCGGUAUCAGCAUGAGUCGCAGUUGAGGAAGCAUCGGGAGGUGACGGGGUGCGGUAGAGGGAAUGCGGUGGAGGGAUAG